UCCAGGACCAGCGCCAGGCGGAGGCAGGGAGGCCCAGGUAUCAUAAUUGUUCCAAAAGGUUCCCACACACACGUGUCUCAGCCUCAGGAAGCCCCUCGACUUUGGGCAGAAUGGAGCAGCCAACGGGGGUUGAAUGGACAGUUAUCAUCCUAACAUGCCAGUACAAGGACUGCGUCCAGGUCUUCCAGAGAGAGCUGGAAUUGAGGCAGAAGCGGGAGCAGAUCCCUGCCGGGACACUGCUGCUGGCCGUGGAGGACCCUGAAAUGCGUGUGGGCAGCGGAGGAGCCACCCUCAAUGCCCUGCUAGUGGCUGCAGAACACCUGAGUGCCCGGGCAGGCUUCACGGUGGUUACAUCCGAUGUCCUGCAUUCAGCCUGGAUCCUGAUCCUGCACAUGGGCCGAGACUUCCCCUUUGAUGACUGUGGCCGGGCCUUCGUCUGCCUCCCUGUGGAGAACCCCCAGGCGCCGGUGGAGGCUGCGGUCUGUAACCUGGACUGCUUGCUGGACAUCAUGAGCCAUCGACUGGGCCCAGGCUCCCCUCCAGGUGUGUGGGUCUGUAGCACCGACAUGAUGUUGUCUGUCCCUCCAAACCCAGGAAUCAGCUGGGAUGACUUCCGGGGAGCCAGAGUGAUUGCCCUUCCAGGGAGCCCAGCCUACGCUCGGAAACAUGGCAUCUAUCUUGCUGACUCCCAGGGCUUCGUUUUGGACAUUUACUACCAGGGCAGUGAGACAGAAAUACAACGGUGUGCCCAGCCUGAUGGGCAGGUGCCACUGGUCUCCGGGCUUGUUUUCUUCUCUGUGGAGACAGCGGAGCACCUCCUGGCCACCCACGUGAGCCCACCCCUGGACGCCUGCACCUACAUGGGCUUGGAUUCCGGAGCCCAACCCAUGCAGGUGUCUCUGUUUUUUGACAUCUUGCUCUGCAUGGCUCAGAACGUGAGCAGACAGGACUUCCUGGUGGGGAAGCCCCCUGAGAUGGGGCGCAGGGACGUGGACGUCGAGGGGUAUCUGCAGAGAGCCCGGGCCGAGCUGUGGAGGGAGCUUCGCGAUCAGCCCCUCACCAUGGCAUAUGUCCCCGGUGGCAGCUACAGCUACAUGACCAACUCGGCCAGUGAGUUCCUGCGCAGCCUCACAAUCCCCGGGGCUCCCAAGGCCCAGGUGGUGCACUCUCAGGUGGAGAGGCUGCAGCUCUUGGGGGCUGGGAGCUCCGUGAUCAGCUGUCUACUGGAGGGCCCUGUCCACCUGGGCCCUGGGAGUGUCCUGCAGCACUGCCACCUGAGGGGCCCCAUUCAUGUCGGUGCUGGCUGCCUGCUGAGCGGCCUAGACAAGGCCCAGUCCAGGGUCCUGCAUGGCGUGGAGCUGCACGAUAUCAUCCUGCAGGGACACCGCGUGCGGUUGAAUGACACCCCCUGCUGUGUCUUUACCCUCCUUGGCAAUCUGGAUAACUGGGAAAGCCAGGGAGAAGGCACAUAUCUCAACAUGCCCUGGAGUGAAUUCUUCCAGAAGACAGGCAUUCGAGACUGGGACCUGUGGGACCCAGACACGCCCCCUGCAGAGUGCUGCCUUCGCAAUGCCCGCCUGUUCCCCGUGCUCCACCCCUUGAGGGCCCUUGGGCCUGGGGACGUGCUGUGGAUGCUGGACUCCCCAGAGGAUCGGGGUGAGGCCCUGCGGACCUGGCGAGCCUCCUGGCGACUGUCUUGGGAGCAGCUACAGCCCUUCCUGGACCGGGCUGCCACCCUGGCCUCCCGCCAGGACCUCUUCUUCCGCCAGGCCCUGCAUAAGGCUCAGCACGUGCUGGAGGCCCGGCAGGACCUCAGCCUGCGCCCACUGAUCCGGGCCGCUGUCCGAGAGGGCUGUCCUGGGCCCCUGUUGGCCACACUGGACCAGGUUGCAGCUGAAAACCCUGACGUGGCAGCUCGGGCGCUGGCCUGUGUGGCAGAUGUACUGGGCUGCAUGGCAGAGGGCCGCGGAGGUUUACGGAGUGGGCCGGCUGCCAACCCCGAGUGGCUACGGCCCUUCUCCUACCUAGAGUUUGGGGACCUGGAGGCUGGCGUGAAGGCGCUGGCACGGGAGCGGGACAAAUGGCUGAGCAGGCCAGCUUUGCUGGUUCGAGCCGCGCGCCACUACGAGGGGGCUGUGCAGAUUCUGAUCCGCCAGGCUGUGAUGUCAGCCCAGUGCUUUGUCUGCACGGAGCCUGUGGAGCCGCCAGCACUGGGGCAGUGGGUGGUGGCUGAGUGCCCAGCUCGUGUGGAUUUCUCUGGGGGCUGGAGUGACACGCCCCCCCUGGCCUAUGAGCUUGGUGGGGCAGUGCUGGGCCUGGCUGUGCGGGUGGAUGGCUGCCGGCCCAUUGGGGCUAGGGCACGCCGCAUUCCGGAACCCGAGCUGUGGCUGGUGGUGGGGCCCAGGCAGGACAAGAUGGCCUUGAAGAUCACGUGCCGGAGCCUGGAUGACCUGCGGGAUUACUGUCAGCCCCACGCUCCAGGGGCCCUGCUGAAGGCCGCCUUCAUCUGCGCGGGGAUCGUGAGUGUCGACUCCAAGCUUCCCCUGAGCGAGCAGCUGAUGCGCACCUUCGGGGGUGGCUUUGAGCUGCACACCUGGUCCGAGCUGCCCCAUGGCUCCGGCCUCGGCACCAGCAGCAUCCUGGCGGGAGCCGCCUUGGCGGCCUUGCAGCGGGCUGCAGGCCGGGCGGUGGGCACAGAGGCCCUGAUCCAUUCUGUGCUGCACCUGGAGCAGCUGCUCACCACAGGAGGUGGCUGGCAGGAUCAAGUGGGUGGCCUGAGGCCUGGCAUCAAGGUUGGGCGCUCCCGGGCUCAGCUGCCACUGAAGGUGGAGGUAGAAGACAUUGCUGUGCCUGAGGGUUUUCUCCAGACGCUCAAUGACCACCUGCUCCUGGUGUACACUGGCAAGACCCGCCUGGCACGGAAUCUGCUGCAGGAUGUGCUGAGGAACUGGUAUGCUCGGCUGCCUGCCGUCGUGCACAAUGCCCACAGCCUGGUACAGCACACGGAGAAUUGUGCUGAGGCCUUUCGCCAAGGAAACCUGCCUCUGCUGGGCCAGUGCCUGACCUUGUACUGGGAGCAGAAGAAGCUCAUGGCCCCAGGCUCUGAGCCCUUGGCUGUGCGGCGCAUCAUGGAUGUCCUGGCCCCUCACGUGCACGGCCAGAGCCUGGCAGGGGCAGGCGGCGGGGGCUUUCUCUAUCUGUUGACCAAGGAGCCGCGGCAAAGGGAGGCUUUGGAGGCUGUGCUGGCCAAGACUCAGGGCCUUGGGAACUACAGCAUCCAUCUGGUGGAAGUGGACACUCAGGGACUGAGCCUGCAGCUGCUGGGGUGUGAGACCGCCACCUGAUGCCCCUCUAAGAGGCAUGUCUCUGUUGCAAGAGGAGGAAGUUUAGAAUGACAGUCACAUCCUUUUUCUUUUCCCCAAUGGAAGUUUCAGCCUCCUACUCCCCGCCCACUACUGUGAAUCUCCUCAAGGAAGUUGACCCAAGCUUGGGCCCAACAUUUUUUGGAGGUUGUGAAGCAGAGACGAUGCCUGGGAAUAGAAGUGAAACCUCCUGGCUGACAGAGGCCCUGGCUUGGCCGCUGCUCCAUCUGGACACAGGGAGGUCUUAGGCUGCGUCCCAUGCAGCCCAUGGCCCAGCUUGCUCCGUGGCCUCUUACUGUCCAUGAGGCCCUGGAAAAAGGGAGUAGCAAGCAGUGGUAGCAUGUGGCCUCCUUUGAGGUGAGGCUUUGGAGUUUGGAGUAGACUUCAUGCUCUACACUCCCUCCCAGGCUGACCUGGGGGAGGAUGGGGGGUUCGUGUCCAUGUUGGUGGCAGUGAGCCAGUGCAGUGCUGCAGCACCUCACUCCCACCCAGGUCUUAACCAGCAACACUACAGACUGCCCAGUGACCCAGCACCUGAGGGCAGCAGCUACUCAGGACUGCAGCCUUCUUGGAAUA